GCGGGCAACGGCCACGCACGGUAGCCGUUGGCAGAGGGGGUGGAGCGCGGAGGGCCGAGCGUCCGCGGGUGGUUGCCCGUACUGGACCGUUGGGUCGCUUGCGAGAUGCAGAGUGGGAUGUCGACGUGCGCAGGACGACAGACGGAGCCGCUUUGGGCAGCGCGGGCUGCAACGGUCGAAUUUCAAAAGGAAGGCGGGCGGGUUCGUCGUCUUCUGUGGUGGUUGUCCGCAUAUGAAGGUCGAGCGCCCCUGUCCCGGGCAUGUCGGAACACACAUCUGCAGUGGUCACGUGCGAGGGCGGCUGCAGAGGUGAAUUUCAUAGCUGACGUGCGGAGGAGAUUGCCUCUGCUGGCACUCGCUGUCGUCGUCUUCCUGAUUGUCGUCUUCCUCCACGUGUAUUUUUUGUGGCGGCCGUGGAAACAACAACGCAAGAGGAGGGCUUCGACGAGACGGGCGGCAGGCGAACGUCUAAUGGCGGGCAUGGAGGCACGACCGGCUGCUGCCGCAGGUCAGGGAGGAGUUCGAUCUUCUACGGCGGAGCCUCGAAGGCGGUACGAACCGUCCAUGUACACCCAUCUGGAGUCGUGGGACACGCCAUUGCCCCCGUCGGACGAGGAGCCGGAGAAGGAAGAACUUUCGACGUUGCCUCUCGCUAGCGGCUCGACUCAGUUGUGGUCGCAGACGGUGCGAGCAGGCGGGUCGGCUCCCGACGAAGGGGGCGAGUUCACGUCAUUGCUGCAUCAAGGCUUGCGGGACGACGACGACGGAGGAGUUGAUCUGAGGUUCGGGUUGUGUUCUGGCGGCGGCAGGGAGGCAAGCCGUACGUUCAUCAUCGACGGAGAUCAUUCGGCACGUGGCGUUGAGCACGGUGGAAGUCUGCAUAUGGAGCAGUCCACACUUCGUCGCGCGGCACCCGUGACUGGCGCGGUCGGGCCAUCGCCAGCGGGACGGCAGCAUGGAUCGAAUGCUCCGUAUGUCGAUCGAUUGACACCGACCUGGCCCGCACCCCCCGGGGUGGCAGCAGGGCCCCUGCGCAUGGGCGGUGCACGUUCGUUGAUGCCAACGUGCACAACACUGAUCGAAUCCGGAGUGAGGGACAACGGAACGUGCAGAGCGCCGGUACGUCCACGACCCACUGUGGACAACAUAACACGUGGAGUGUCGAACAUGCGGGCACACAGCGAUGGAGGCGAAGACGACGUUGGAUUCGGUGACGACGCAGACGAAGGGAUGAGGGAAGACGUGGAAGCGGGGGACGACGACGACGACGUUCCAAUUCGGCCUUUGGGGAAGACGGCUGGGAGGGGGAGAGGACGCGGCAGAGGUGGUGUCCGUGGUCGAUCCGUUGGCCGUGGAGGCAGAGGUGGCCCCGCAGAAGAGGACAACGACGAUGAUUUCAUGAUGGAGGACGAUCAGGGCGAGGCGACGGCGUCUGCAGGACGGGAGAGUGCCAGGCAGCGUACUGCGGAUCAGAGCGCUUCAAAGAGGAUGUCAACCCCUCCGCCGGAGGCGCAGCAGCUGCGUGUCCGCGAAACGUGGAAAGAGAAGGGUGUUGUGGUGGACCUUGGCGGCGAAGACGACAAGCCUUUGGAAAAACGUCGCCUGCGCAGUGCGACACAAGCGACCACAGCGGCGGUGUCGACGGCUCGCGUUGCGGAGGACGAAAGGCCGAUCACAGGUGCACUGCCCUGCACGUCGUCUCAGCCGCGUCAGCGCAACGACGGUGGUGACGGUGCGUCUCGCCAACGAGGUGGUGGUGGGGGAGUCGUGGCAGACGCGCGUGCAGCAGGGGGCGAGGCGGCAGGUGGCGCGGGUGUGGCUGUUGCAGGUGUUGUCCCUCCCGUUCCGGCGGCGAGAGAGGAGGCUGCAGUUCCGGCGACGGUGAGAGAGGAGGGUCGUGGACAGAACACGAACCAACGGGAUGGCGGCGAGGCCGCUUCAAGCCGGGCACGCAGGGGAGUCAUGACGAAAGACCUUAUCGACCGUGCACUUCUUUGGGUGGAUGACAAAUGUUUCUGGACGACAGGUGAAGGACGCAGACUUUACAACAUCGUCCACGAAACCAAAGAGUACUUCAUCGCCUUCGCCAGCGGGCUUCCGCCACUUGAACUUCCGCGGAGCGUUUUCGUCCCCAAAUCCAGCACGAGGGUGGCGAGGAUCGCAGACCAAUCACAACUCCAGCAAGCGAUCUCCUGUGCAGCGGCGGUGGAGAAUAUAGUUCUGCGCAUCUUGCACGGCUAGGUUUUCAAGUCCGGGAACCGCCCAAGGGGGUACCACCUUGCUUUCCAGUACUCGUUGGAGUCCGUAGUGACG